AGUACAGAGUACAACAGCACACAUCUAUGCAGGCCUCUAGGCAUCGAGCAAAAAGACAAAGGACUAGGAUGUAAUAAACACAAAUCACCUACCUCAUUAACCUAUUUCUUAACAGUUAUGUCACAGUAUAAAUAACAACUUAUGUUUUAUUAGUGGUACCUAAUAAAAGAAAUGAAAAUUAUUAACAAAAAGGAAGUACCUCAAGGAGGUUUAAUAUUAGAAGAAAAGCCCUUUGUGUAUAUACUCUGUGAGAAGUUUCGGACUGAUAGGUGUGAUUUCUGUUUUCAGAAGGGUCAGUUAUUUAAAUGUUCAGUCUGCAGAUAUACUUAUUAUUGUGGGAGAGCGUGUCAGCGAGAAGGAUGGACAAUGCAUAAAUUAGAAUGUAAAUAUCUAAAACAAAUAAGUCCAAGAAUAUUGCCCGAUUCUGGAAGAUUGUUAGCAAGACUUAUAAAGGUAUUAGAAAAGGGUGGACUUAAUACUAAAUCUUAUUAUACUGAUAUAAGGUUUAGAACGUUUAAAGAUUUGAUGUCACAUUAUCCUAAUUUGAAGAACGACAGUACUAGAAUGGAACAUUUUUCGUCGCUCUAUGCAGUUCUGCAUGAUUUUUUUAGGGGAGAAUCAUUACCAAAUACUGCAGAAUUAAUGGGAAUGUAUGGAAGGAUAUGUAUAAACUCUUACAGUAUCUGCAAUCAAGAAUUGCAAAGUUUGGGCACUGGACUCUAUUUAGCGGCAUCUGUAGCAGAUCAUUCCUGUCAGCCAACCGCCGUGGUCACCUUUGAAGGUACCACUUUAAUUAUGAGGGCAUUGAAUACUUUUCCAAAUUUAGAUUGGUCUAAGAUUUAUAUUAGCUAUAUAGACGUCAUGGCGACCAAACAGGAGAGACUGCAAGAGCUCGAACAAGCCUACUAUUUCCUUUGUCGAUGUGUGAAGUGUAUUAAUCCAGAACCGAUAAUUGAAAUGACAGGAGUCGCCUGUCCAAACUCGGAUUGUAACAAUUGUAUUGAUAGUUUUACUAUAAAACCAGAUGACGAAUGUUCAGCAUGUGGGACUAUCAUCAGUGAAGAGUUUAUACAAUUAUUUCAAGAUGUGAUGGAUAUGACUUGCAUGCAUCUAGAAAAUAUGAAAGAAACUACAUUUCUAGAUGUUUGCAAAGUGUGUUUAAAGAAACAAAAAGGUGUUUUAUAUAAAUAUAAUUUAAAACACAUUAAAACUUUAGAUUUAGCAUUUGACAGCAGCAUUGAAUUCGGUAAAUUCGAAGAAGCCACCGAGUACGGACUGCAGUUAAUUAAAAGCUUUUAUGAAUAUUAUGGCAGUGUUCAUCCAAUGAUAGGUUUACUGCAUUUAAAACUUGCAAAAUUAUUGCUACAUCAAGAUUGUUGCGCAGAUGCUCUGGCCCAUUUGAAAAAGGCAAAAGACAUUUUAAAAAUUACACACGGAAUGUGCAGUUCUAUAUUUAAAGAACAUCUCUUACCUCUAUAUCAGGAUAUCAUGACAGAAAAUUAGUUUUAAAAUCAUUUUAUGUUACACUUAAAUUUAUGUGGCUGAGAAUUUUUUAAUUAAAUUAUAAGAAUUUUAGUG